AUGGGCCAAAGGGACCUUGUGACCAAGGUUUCAGGAGCCAGAGUUCCACUUUCCGGCUCAGGCCUCUCUCCAGGUGCUGACCCCAGUUCCUCUUCCUUGCAGAGUCCAGCUGCCUUCCUCGACCCAGAACCUCGAAGCACCCCGGUCCCUGACAGCGCCCCUGCGGGCACGAGAGUCUCCCCAGGGCGCCCGGGGAGGCCCCGGGGCGCAUGCGCGCCACCAGGGCUGGAGGAGGCUCUGACCGCGCUGGGGCUGGAGGGAGAACGCGAGUACGCUGGGGACAUCUUCGCCGAAGUCAUGGUAUGCCGCGCGCUGCCCCGGAGGGCCCUGCCUCGCACCGUGACCCCGGAGAUGCGGGCGCUAGUGGUGGACUGGCUGGUCCAGGUGCACGAGUACCUGGGCCUGGAGGGGGACACACUCUACUUGGCCGUGCACCUGCUUGAUUCCUACCUGUGCGCGGGCAGAGUGCGCCUACACCGCUUGCAGCUGCUGGGCGUGGCCUGCCUGUUCUUGGCGUGCAAAAUGGAAGAGUGCGUGCUUCCCGAGUCUGCCUCCCUCUGCCUCCUGGGCGCUGGCUCCUUCUCGCGGGCUGAGCUUCUGCGCGCUGAGCGCCGCAUCCUGAGCCGCUUGGAUUUCCGGCUGCACCACCCAGGACCGCUACUUUGCCUCGGGCUACUCGCUGCCCUGGCGCGGAGCAGCCCACAGGUGCUGCUACUUGCCACUUACUUCCUGGAGCUGUCUCUACUGGAGGCUGAGGCCGCAGUAUGGGAGCCCGGUCGCCGCGCAGCUGCGGCGCUGAGCCUGGCGCACAGGGUGCUCGAGGGGGUAGGCUCCGGACCCGAGCCGGCAAUUUACAGCGGGGCAGAGCUGAGCCCCCUCGAGCCUUGUAUGGUCCGCGCCGCUCUCCGAGGCCCGGCUCCUGGCCGCGCCGCUAUCUUCCUCAAGUAUGCGCGGCCCCAGCGCCACGGCACCAGCCUCGCCGCCGCCCGCCUGCUCCGCCACCCCCUGCCCGGGCCUCCCUGAGCCUGGAGACAUCAUCAAAAAAUACUGUGUGCGUCCGUCUCCCACUUUAAUAAAAGAGUUUCUUUUA